GCUAGCUUUAGACAGCUAAUGACAGGCUAACUCAGGGGGGAUCCAUUUGCUGUGGAGAUAUGCGUUAAAAUCGCCCCGAUCGAAGGCAGGGACUCCUCACUCAUUUCUACAUGACUUCAGCAGUGUGAACCUUCCUGUGGAACAAACUCUGGAUGUCAGGUGAACAUCCAUCAACUUCAUGGAGUGAAGAACUUCAGUUGUUAUCAACGAGGCCAAAUGACCAGUGGAGUCCACCAUGAAACCUGUGACCUAUCAAAACAUACCAUCGUCUGUGAAUGGUGUCCAUCCGAACAUGGCGCUGGAGCAUCUGCUGGGCACCUCAAAGUUGAUGUACUGUGAGAAAUGUGGCUUUACAUCCACAGACCCUGUGGUGUUCAAGACUCACAUGAUCGAGCACGGGACGAGGUUUUACUGUUUUUAUUGUAAUGCCAUGUCCUUCAGUGAGGCGGAGCUGAAUGAGCACCUGAAGCAGCACACGUCAAAGUAUCCGUUCAAAUGUCUCCACUGUGGACAGGGCUACAUGAGGAAGAGGUGUAUGAUGAAGCACAUCGACCGUUUGCAUAGUAACAGCAUAACUCAAGUACCUGCCAAGUCUGGCAUGACGAAAGCUCCACCAGUUGCUGUCUCCAGUGCCUUAAGAAGUGCGCCCACUGCUGACUCGCUGCUGCUGCCGCCUCCUCCUCGGCCUGUCGUCCGGGUGGCUGUGCCGACCCCAACUGCACCUGCUGCCAAAUUGGGGAAAACACUGGACACAAACUUGACCAACACCACUAAUGGCAACACAGAACGCUUGCCUCAUUUGAAUGGACUCAUUCAGCCCAACAGGGCCCUUACAGUGUCUCUACCAGAGGAGGUGAACAUCCCCGCUGGCUGCUUGGUGGAACUUGUUGAGGUGAAAACGGUUAAUGGGACUAAGGAACUGAAACUGCGGCUCAUCUCGCAACAAGAAAACGAGUCUGUGAUAAAGAACACAAAAUCCGCCACUCUCCAAGACCCUGGUCCGGAGAAGCCGUUGUCGUCCACACUACAUCACCCAAACACAAUGAGGUCAGUAAGCGCUAGCAUGUGCACAGGCAGCAGGAAGCAAAGCGAAACAAAAAUGAUGGCAAACAUCGGCGUGAACCCUCCGAACAAUCCAACAAAUGUGGUGACUAAAGAGAAGGUUGUGCUGAAGAGACCUUCAAUGGAAAUUAUCAACCUGGAGUGUGACGCGGUCAUCCCAAACAAAGUUUCCAAAACCAUUCUCACUCCUAUGCGGGAAGCAAAUACUGGGAUUAGAGUUACGCAGGCGGCACCUGUAAACCACGUCUCCUCUUCUUCAGGCGUCAUGUCUGGCAGAGGUCUUAUCAGGUUGAAUGCCGGCCUGCAUCCUGUUACUGUGGCAGCUAAAGUUUCUCAGAGGAUUGUGGAUGAGAGGAAUAACGCAACUGUGGAUCUCUCUAAGAGCAUUCCACCCAGGAGGUUGUCCGACACAAAUAAUGUUCAAGAAGUGAAGCUGGGAGCUAGGGAAGUCUGCCUCAAGAGCAACUCUGCUUCUAAAGAAGACAUAGAUGUAGUGUGCUUGGAUCAGCAAAGCACACCAGCUUCAAAGUCUUUAAGAUCUCCUGUUCCUCAAGCCAUCAAAGUGAGAUCUCCUGCUGUUCCAGUCAAUAAAGACAAUCUUGCAAAUCAGACUUUUCCAAUAAAAAGCAGUCUGAUGAAACCCUCAUCAAUAAACACGCCUGUCCUAUCUAAUCACACAACCCCUACAAUAUCGACCUGUAUCCGGGAAGUUGGCUCUAAAAACAUAGCAAAAAAUGGAGAUGUCCUAGAGCCUCAGAGCUUUCCAGUCAUCUCCUCUGUGUUUUCGUUAAGCGAGCAGCCAGAGGAAAGCCAAGGUCCAAUUGAACCUCUGGUAAUGGCUCUGAGAGGAAUAGUGAUGCAUAAAAAACAGAGCACAAGUCAAGAUCAGAUCAGAAACGGCACAGAUGAAAAGCUUAAGGCUCCAGCGUCAGGCCGGUGCGUCCAGCAGGCUGAAAAAAACGGGGCCUUCACCUGUGAUGUGUUGCUCACAGAGAAGUCAACCGAGUGUGUGAAAGUAAAAAAGGAGGUUAAUCUGCAGCCACCAGCACCGACACAAAACGACAUUCAAAUCAAGAAGGAAGAAAAUGGAGCAAAGAUAGGAGACGCAAACAAAUGUAGCCACAGGCCUGAUUUAACGCCUUCCGCAUGUGAAGAUUCUAAGCCUGCUUCACCUGUGGAGAAGGCAAACGCUGUGGAUAAAGUACAGCAAGCAACAGUUGGGAAAGGCAAGGCGGACGAGUCCUCCAGGUUCUUGACCAUCUCGCUUAAACGGGUUCAGGUUGGCAUCUGGAAAAAAAGCAAGAAAGCAUUUAAGGUUCGGAUAUCCAGAGACAAGCCUCAGCUACCGGCAGGCAGCCUCGAUGACUGUACAGUUAUCUACCCCAUGCCGCUGAAGGAGGACCAGCUGGUCAAGCGGCCAGGUCCGAACCAGCCGGUGGUGGUGCUUAAUCAUCCGAAGCCCCGGGCUUGUGUGCAGAGAACAAGGGCGGACUCUUUUUCAGACAUGGGAACCUCUGACGGGACUCCAAAGUGCCAAAUUUUAAAAAUGAGGCUAAGCAAAGGGAUCGGGCAGAGUUACGAAGUGAUGGGAUGUACUGUAAGAGACUUUCCCUGAAUGUAGUGUUUCAUCUGUGGACAGGAGUGUACAUUUAUUAUAAAAGUAGUGUUUGAAGUCUCACAAAAUAUUAAGGCGGUUAUUUUCUUAACGCAAAAAAAUAUGGACAUCAAUGUUGUAAAUUGUGUUAUUCUGAAUAUUCAAGUGCAAUGCAGGUUGAUGCUUUUAUGCCCAAGAAUUGGACUGUGUGCCACUGUAGAUUCCAUCAAAUAAUACAGAGUUCUAAUUACUGUUCAAGAAGCCCGAAAGUCCGUUUGAAGUAUUAUUACAUGUAUUUUAUUUAAAACCAGUUUUUAUCAGUGACGUUCAUUUGACACAGACAUGCAGCAACAUGAAAAUGGUUGAAUUACAGGAGUUCAUGUUACCUUUCACACAGAAUAUUCUGGAUAUAUGUUUGUUAUUCAGCAGUGAUAAAAUAUAAAACAACCUGAAUCCAAAUAUUCAAAUCAACAAACAAGUUAUAAAUAUAUCUGAACAAUGUUUUUUUUUUUUUUUUCAUUGAUGAUAUUUGAAAUUCCUACCAUUAGAGUCUGUGAAUUUUGUCCAAAAAGUCAACAUCUUAGCAUGCCAAAGGGGACAUGUUUUCACCAUUCAGGCACUCCAUGAUAAUCUCUGUGUUUGGGAAAUAUUCUGUGCUUCUCAAAAGGUCAUAGGUCACUGGUGAGUUCAUCAAAUGAAACGCCUCAAUGAGAGCACUGCUGUAAGGUGUGAAAAGUAAAAUUUAGACCUAGACUCCUUUGUAUGUUCGUUUUGAUGCUUGUUUGCUUAAGUUAAUCAUCACUGGGUGUUACAGGUGGAAGCGUUUAAGAAGUACUCUUAAACGUACGAGAAGUGUGACAAGAAGUGUAAUAGUUGUGUUUUAUAACUAUAAGUGUUUACUACUCUGUCGUCCAUUCAUUGAUGGUAGCAUUUUGAGCGUCACCAGAUGACAGGAGGUGAUUGAAGGCCUUCAUGACUGUAGGGGAAAGUAAUAAUUUAGACUUAACACUAGAUGGGAUGGAGGUAGAUGUGGUAGAAAAGGAAAUGAUUGGCUGGCUUUUUUCUCUAAACUUAGCAGGUUAAAAGUCUCCAUCACAGUGCAUUAUUUUAUCUUACCAUGUGUGAAUUACCAUAAAGGCUCUUGAUUUUUGUGGACAUGAACUAAACAAAUCCCUUACUGUCUUAAGUUUCCCAUCUUAUCGCAAGCAAAAGGUGCAAAGUAUGACAGAGAAACAGAUUUACUGUACGAGGAAUAAAUAGACCCACAUGUUUAUUUUUUAAAAGCUUUUUCUGUCUUGAUGAUGAUAAAUGUAAUUAUUCUUGAGUAUUCCAAACCUGUUGUAUAUAUAUUUUCUCGACAUUUUAGCUUGCAUAGUCUUUUGACCAGACCAUUUUCAGACUGUAUUGCUUCUUAUGGCAGCAAUUUGGCACCUGUUUGUUAUAUAAUCCUGUCCUACAAGGUGCUAGACCAAUGAUUACAUUCAUAGUUUUUGGUUGCCCACGGACAAUAUUUAUAGAUGUUUUCUAUUUCUUUUCUUUUUUUUUGUUUUGUUUAUUUUGUCGUUAUGUUUGCCAUGUUUUUGUAAAUAGACCUAAAUAUAUAGACCCUAUAUGUAUGUAAAAUCAAAUAAUGGUGUUUAUACUAAAUAGAGAAUGGCCACCACCUCAUAUCCCUCCUUCCGCUGCAGUACCUGAAGCUGCUGUGCAGUCAUUGUUAUAAAUUAUUUCAAAGAGUCAGAAGCAUUUUACCUUGCCUUUAUAUUACUUCUCAUUUGUGCUAGAGUUAGUCAUCAUGUUGUCCAAAUGUGUUUUUGGUUUUCAUACAUGCUCAGUGUUCAUUAUUAUUGUGUUUCAUCCUUUUAUAACAGUUGUGUAACUCCAGUUUUUCUAAUAAAAACAUGAGAAAUAUA